UCCUCGCGCAGGUGAGUGUGUUCAGACAGAGAGCAUCAUGAGCGCUAGAGUUUGUCCUGCGCUGUUGCUGUCAGCAGGAGGAAACCCAUCAGCAGCAGGAGCGACAGAAAGUCAAACGAAAAACAAGAAGUGUGGCAUCUGUGCUUUCUUCAAGAGAACAUGGGAGGCUGUGAAAUCUGCUGACGGCUGUUGUUGCAGAGGCAAUAAAGUGACACUUUUCCAGCCAAACACAGAUCCAGCAGCAGGCGGUAUGGAGAACAACCCGACAGAAAAACAAAGAAAAAACAAGAAGAGCGGCAUCUGUGCUUUCUUCAAGAGAACAUGGCAGGCUGUAAAGUGUGUUGACCGCUGUCACCUCAGAGAAAACAGAGUGAUGCCUUUUCAGCCAGAGGCAGAUCCAGCUGAUCUCCAGCAGGCUUCAUCCCUGGAGGCGAUGUCUUCCCCUGAUUUAGACCGGACCGGUCCCAAUGCAGAUCCAGCUGAUCCUGAGCCAGCUAAAGAAAAGCAACCAAAAAUAAAGAAGAAAGGCAUCUUUGCAUUUGUCAAGAGAAUCUUGCGGGCUGUAAAAUGUGCAACAAAGCAAAACAAGGAGGAGCCAGUUGCACCCCAGCCCAACACUGACCCGGGUCCAUCUGAAGCAGCUGAACAGAAGCCAUGUUCUCCUGGACGUGACUCGGCUGAACUACAGAGUCCAGGCCAGUCUGACCCCAGCCAAGUUUCGUUUGCCUCCCUUUAUGAAGUGAGGACAAAGAUUUCUUCGGGAGGAUUCGGCACUGUGUUCCGAGGGAUCCACAGAUCUGAUGGUCAGGAGGUUGCCAUCAAAUUUAUCCCUAAGAGGAGCACAGACCAGUAUAUUAGGAGGGCUGGGUAUCCCAAGCCACUGCUGAUGGAAGUAGCUCUGAAUCUCCUGUUGAAAACAGCUCCUAUAAGCCCCAACAUCGUGUAUAUGCUGGAAUGGUUUGAGGAGGAAGAUCAGCACAUCCUCAUCAUGGAGUAUCCCCAGCCCUGCCACAACAUAAAGACGUUACUCCGGUACAAUCGCCAUAAACUGGAUGAGACGUCGGCUCGCAGCUUGAUGCUCCAAGCAGUGCUCGCAGCGAAGCACUGUAUCGAUCAGGGCGUCUUCCACCGUGACAUCAAGCUAAAUAACCUACUCCUCAACACAAGGACCAUGAGGGUCAAAUUAAUCGACUUCGGCUGCGGGGACCUUGUCAAAACCUCUGGCUACCAAUAUGAGUUCAGAGGACGAUAUCGCCCACCUGAGUACUACACGAGACACAAAUAUCACGCGGGCCCAACAACAGUCUGGACGCUGGGCCUUGCACUGUUCAGAAUGGUAACUGGACAUCAUGCUUUAAAAACUGAAAAGGACAUUUUAGCUGGCAAUCUGACCUUUGACUCCAGUUUAUCCAGAGAAUGCCAGGAUGUGAUAAGCCGGUGCCUGAAACGUGAUCCAGACGACAGAGCGACGUUACAGCAGCUCUUAGAUCACAGAUGGUUUAAACAGGAAGAUGAUCCAGCAGUAGCUCAGGAGUCAGAUGAAUCAAAUGAGCUCCAGUGAGGACAAGCAGAACCCAUCAGACAGCCUGAACAUCCAGAGGAGCGAGUUCAGUGUAGAAAAGGAGCACAACAUUGAACAGCAGCACACUCAAUGGAAAAAGGAGCACAUUUGUUUGCACAAAAAGGAGCAAACUGUGAAAAGUGUAAAACAAGUAUUACAUCUUAUGCUUUAUAUGUG